CAAGGGUGCCGCUCCGCGCAGCUCGCGCACACUCGGUGGCGCGCGCGCCAGGCGCGGAUCGAUGCUGAGGUCAGCCGUGCCAGCCGGCAUCAAUGUGCCAGCCGGCAUCAAUGCCACCGCCCACGACUCUUCCGCCAUGAAUGCACAAAUCAUGCUCUCGUUCGCCAACACGCCGCAGCCAGGCACCGAAGGGGCAGACGACGAUCAUGAUGAGACUGGCAGCCAGCCUGCGGCGGAGGAUCUGGCGAUGCCGAAGCAGAAGACCUGCCGCUACGACAGCAGCCUCGGCCUGCUCACCAAGAAAUUCGUGACGCUCAUCCAGACGGCGCCCGAAGGGAUCCUCGACCUCAACCAGGCCGCGACCCAGCUCAACGUGCAGAAGCGGCGGAUCUACGACAUCACCAACGUGCUCGAGGGGAUCGGCCUGAUCGAGAAGAAGUCGAAGAACAACAUUCAGUGGAAGGGGAUGGGCCCGAACGGAUCCAAGGACCUGGAGGACGAGCUCGAGAAGAUGCGCGACCAGGCGCGCGAUCAACCCGAAAUCCCCCCCCCCCCCCCCACACCAUGCCGCCUCUGCUUAUUGCCCCUGGUGCCGCUGCAGGCGUCGCUACGCGCGCUGGCGGAGGACGCGGCGAACCAGGAGCAUGCCUUUGUCACACACGAGGACAUCCGCAACAUCUCCGCGUUCUCCGCCGACACGAUCAUCGCCAUCAAGGCGCCGUCGGGAACCACGCUGGAGGUGCCCGACCCGGAUGAGGGGAUGGAGUCGGGGCAGCGGCGAUAUCAGAUCUACCUCAAGUCGCAGACGGGGCCCGUCGAGCUCUCGCCCGUGGCGGCGGCGGGCGACUAUUGGGACGUGCAGCCCGAUGCUGUCGGCGUGUCGGAGCUCUUUGCAGGCAGCACGGCCGAAAAGCCGAGCGGCGGCGUUGCGGCGGGCGGCGCCAGCGCGGCGGCGGCGGCAGAGCGCCGAUGGGCGGCGCUCUCUGUACUGCUUGGUUUCGGGUGGGGCCCGGCGGGGUUGGGCCGUGGCAGUCAUACGGUGCAUAUCGUGGAGUCUGUGGGCUGCAGGACGGUAACUCCUCGGAAACUGCGGAAUAAUUACGAGCAAAGGCUAGUGCCAUUUGCCCAUUUCACUGUGGUGACCAUUUGCGCAAAAAGGUACAUCUCGGCAGUCUGGGAACGGUGGCGGUCAGAGGCAAAGCCUACGAGGGGUGGUGGAACCACAUGUCACGGCUACUGCCGGCUCGACCCCACGAUAGCCUCCGAAGGCUGA